AUGGCGAUGAAGGUGAACUUGAGCUGCAUCGAUAGUUUGUCCCGAGGUAACCACUGUCUCGCUGUCAGGAGCACGUCUCCCGGGGUAUCGGCCACCCUCGCCGGCUUACUCAUCUUCACCACCGUGACAGAUAUCAUUGGAAAUCUACUUGUCAUCUUGUCCGUGUACAGAAACAGGAAACUGAGGAAUGCAGGUAAUCUCUUUGUGGUGAGUCUUUCUGUUGCUGACCUGGUGGUGGCGCUGUACCCCUAUCCCCUGGCUCUACUAGCUAUCUUCCAUAAUGGCUGGACAAUGGGUUCCCUGCACUGUCAGCUGAGCGGGUUCAUUAUGGGACUGAGUGUGAUCGGCUCAGUCUUCAACAUCACGGCUAUCGCCAUCAACCGCUACUGUUACAUUUGUCACAGUCUUCACUACGACUGGCUUUUUUCACGCCGGAACACCUGUCUGUACCUGCUUCUCACCUGGCUGCUAACAGCUCUGGCCACCAUUCCCAACUUCCUAGUGGGUUCCCUAAGUUAUGACCCACGUGUCUUCUCCUGCACAUUCACCCAGACAGCCAGCUCCUCCUACACUGUUUGUGUUGUGCUGAUCCAUUUCCUCUUUCCGCUGGGCGUGGUUUGUUUCUACCUUCGCAUAUGGACAUUGGUGAUUAGGGUCAAAGGUCGUGUGCGGCCCAGUCUGAGGAUCCGAGUGGCUGACCUGAGGAAUUUCCUGACGAUGUUUGUGGUAUUUGUGCUUUUUGCCGUAUGCUGGGCACCCCUGAACUUAAUUGGGCUCGCCGUGGCUUUGAAUCCUGCAAGAGUGGCACCAAAUGUCCCAGAGUGGCUGUUUGUUUCCAGCUACUUCAUGGCAUAUUUCAACAGCUGCUUGAAUGCUGUGGUCUACGGGUUGCUAAACCGUAACUUUAGGCAAGAAUACAAACAGAUUCUUCGUGCUCUCUGUACCCCAAGAGCGCUGUUCACUGAAAGUUCCAGAUACAAUACUGAGGCCAUAAGGAGCCAUCAGUCUCCGGCAGCAACCAAUAACAAUGUGAAGGAGGCUUACCUGUAA